CGCCGCUCGCCCUCUCGUUCGUCCUCAGUGCAGGAUAACGACACAACGCGCUCAUUGCUCACACAAACAGGCGAUAAAACACUCUUCAUCGACAGCGCGACACUCAGCGAUAGAAAGGAGUAAUAAUCUCGGACAUCAGUGAGACUCUGGAGGAUCAUCCAUGGACGCCCUUAUGCGCUGCCCGUUCCUGUCCCGCGUUCCCCAGGCCUUCCUGCAGCAGACCCGCAAGAGCCUGGUGGCGUACGCCGUGAAGUGUCCCGUCAUGAUGGAGCUCGCCUCGAGGCCACUGGUGCGCUCCCUCGGGUCCACAACCUCCAGCGGUCACGAUGUGACCGCGGCCCCUGAGGGCCCCGCUCCCCCUGAGGCUCACCCCCCCGCCGGCUCCUCCUCCUCCAAGUGCCCGUUCCUGGCGGCAGAGAUGGGCCAGGGCAGCAGUGCUGUGGUGCGGCAGGCCAGCCUGGCUCUACAGGAGGACGUGUCUGAGGUUCGCACCGUGUGCAAAGACGUCUCUGCAUCUGAGCUGAACUCUAAGAUGGGAGGAGACCUCAUGAAGAAGCUGAUGAAGCAGCGUCCAGCUCGAGUCUCACAUCUGCUGCAGGAGAACAUGCCCAAGACCGUGUCCAACUUCCGUUACGACGAGUUCUUUGAGAAGAAGAUCGAGGAGAAGAAGGACGAUCACACGUAUCGUGUGUUUAAGACGGUGAACCGCCGAGCGACAGAGUUCCCGAUGGCGGACGAUUACUCCGAGUGCCAGUCCUUCAGGAGACACGUGUCCGUGUGGUGCAGCAACGACUACCUGGGGAUGAGCCGCCACCCGCGGGUGCUGCAGACCAUCACGGACACUCUAGCGAAGCACGGGUCUGGGGCCGGAGGGACGCGCAACAUCUCUGGGACGAGCAAGUUCCACGUGGACCUGGAGCUGGAGCUGGCCGAUCUACACGGCAAGGACGCCGCCCUGCUCUUCACCUCCUGCUUUGUGGCCAACGACUCCACGCUCUUCACGCUCGCCAAGAUGUUGCCUGGCUGCGAGAUCUAUUCGGACGCAGGGAACCACGCCUCGAUGAUCCAGGGCAUCAGGAACAGCGGCGCCAAGAAGUUCAUCUUCCGGCACAACGACGCCUCACACCUGCGGCGGCUCCUGGAGCAGUCGGACCCCGCGCGCCCGAAGAUCGUGGCGUUCGAGACGGUGCACUCGAUGGACGGCGCUGUGUGUCCGCUGGAGGAGAUGUGUGACGUCGCUCAUGAGUUCGGCGCCAUCACAUUCGUGGACGAGGUCCAUGCGGUGGGACUGUACGGGCCCCGAGGAGGAGGCAUCGGGGACCGGGACGGGGUGAUGCACAAGAUGGAUAUCAUCUCCGGCACGCUGGGGAAAGCGUUCGGCUGUGUGGGCGGCUACAUUGCUAGCACUAACGCGCUGGUGGACACGGUGCGCUCGUACGCCGCGGGCUUCAUCUUCACGACAUCACUUCCUCCCAUGCUCCUCGCCGGCGCGCGCCAGUCCAUCCAGAUCCUGAAGAGCGAGGAGGGCCGAUCGCUACGACUCAAACACCAGCGCAACGUCAAGCUCCUGCGCCAGAUGCUGAUGGACACCGGCCUCCCCGUGGUGCCCUGCCCGAGCCACAUCAUCCCUGUGCGGGUUGCAGAUGCUGAGAAGAACACGGAGAUCUGUGACCUCAUGAUGAGCCGCUACAACAUCUACGUCCAGGCGAUCAACUACCCGACGGUGUCCCGCGGAGAGGAGCUCCUGCGCAUCGCGCCCACGCCACACCACACACCGCAGAUGAUGCAGUACUUCGUGGAUAAGCUGAGGCACACGUGGACAGAGGCGGGUCUGGAGCUCAAGCCGGUCUCUUCUGCUCAGUGUAACAUCUGCCAUCAGCCGCUGCACCUCCAGCUGAUGAGCGAGCGCGAGAAAUCCUUCUUCAGCGGCCUUAGCCAGCCCAUAUCGGCCCGCGGCUGACACACACACACACACACACACACACACACACCUCAGUCAGCCCGUAUCGCCCCUCGGCUGACUAUCAUCCAUCCAAUCCAGAGAAUACAUAUUUAGACCACUUGAUUUGUGUAUUGAUGUAUUUUGUUAAUGAAGUAAAUCUAAAGUAUUUUAUAUUUAAA